AACCAAACUAAAAGCUGAUUUACCUAACUCAGUAGAGACCAAAUUCAUUUGUAGAUUUAGCCAUCCCCAAGACUGGUGUGGUAACCUGAAUGUCUACAGUUUAGUAAUGAUGUAAAAGUGCUUUAUAUAUGAAAACAUAGCAAUGUAUCAACCUAAGUGACAUCAAAGACGGCCAAAAAACUUUCUGGUAGAGAAUGCAGUGAUUGAGUCCUAAAAUUGUCAUCUGUAAUAAAGCACAUAAACAUAUAAUAUCUCGUAAACCUGUGUUUACUACUAACCUUAUUUUCAAAAAACUUUCUGGUAGAGAAUGCAGUGAUUGAGUCCUGAAAUGGUCAUCUGUAAUAAAGCACAUAAACAUAUAAGAUCUCCUAAACCUGUGUUUACUACUAACCUUAUUUUCGGGGAUUAUCCAAAAACUCUACAAAAAGCCAUUAACUUUCCUCAUAGGCUUUCUCCAACGAACAAUUGCUGGUUCUUACAAAAAAGACCCCAUUGCUAUUUAUCUCUAUUAACCAACUGGAGGAGAGUUCAAUAAUAUUUUUCCCAGUCAUGCAGUCCCACCUUCACACCUGGUUAUGAACGCAGAAUAACGUUACGUUACUAUCAGCAAAGAGGAAAAGCCGAAGCGAGAGGAUCAACUCCGCGCCCAAAAUAUGUCAUGGAGGUCUAUGAGUCUCGAACUUGGUUAACAAAAAAUGUCAUUGCGAAUUUACGACGUGAAGCUUAUUUGAUCGAACAUAAGUUUCGUAAUGUUUAGGUUUUUACGAACGUACCGAUAUAAAAGUGGACGCGCAUGGCAUUCCGACAAUGUUAUAUAAGAGUUGUGUUUCUUGUUGACGCGCGUAUGUUCCCACCUUCCUUCCGCCUUUGCGGACAUGUAUUUCCAUUGUUAGAGGGGUCAAUCGACUAUCUUUUCAAUAUAAUAGAUCCUACUUGCCACCAGUUGAUCUGUCCGUAUAAAGUAAUAAUAAAGGAAGAAGAUGGCAGACGAAACGUUAUAUAGCUAGCUUGCUAAACAGUUAUGGCAGUUUAUUCGAUUGAGGCUAGAAAGCGAUAAAUGACAUUUCGGAAAUGUUAGUUAGGUAGCUAACGUUAACUUGUGGCUACCUGGCUAGUUACCGUUAGGUAGCUAGGUAGCUAACAUUGUCCUGUUACAAACUACUUAUUUAACUAGUUAGACAUUUUACAUUCUGAAUUAACGUUACUAAUUAUACGUAAAUGUGUAUAGCAUCAGCCAGUUAGCGUCCUAGUAGCGACCAUCUCAGCUUGGCUGUGUAGCGUGAGCUAGCUAGGUUAGGUAAUUUGCUAGGUUAGAUUGUUGUUGCCAGUCACUGUCUUAUAAAAUAACAAAUGGCUGGGUUAGCGACUGUGACCACCCUUCGAUUGCCUAUAGGCAUACGGACAUUCAGUGAGUUGCGAGAUGUCUCUGCAUUUGGCAAAAAACGGUUGAAUACAGUGUUGGGACCAAGAAUACGGAUUAAACAGCCAAUCAGAUAUGUGACAUCUUGUGGCAUCCUUAUGACCAGAAACCCCAGGAUUCUUAUCCAUUUGGACAGGAGGACAACUAUCAUUCCCCCCAGCAGAACCUUCCUUAGUCUGGCCAACAAGAAGAAACAGUAUUCAGAACGAAGAAUCAUUGGUUACUCGAUGCAGGAGAUGUAUGAUGUGGUGGCCAACGUGGACGAUUAUAAGCACUUUGUUCCGUGGUGUAAGAAAUCUCAGUUCAUCAUGCAGAGAGCCAGUCAUGCUAAAGCCAAACUAGAAGUGGGUUUCCCCCCUAUAGUCGAGAGAUACACCUCCAUGAUCACCAAUGUGCGCCCUCAUCUAGUCAAGGCUGUAUGCACAGAUGGUAAACUGUUCAAUCACUUGGAGACAAUAUGGCGUUUCAGCCCUGGAAUACCUGGUUAUCCCAGAACCUGUACUGUUGAUUUCUCUAUAUCUUUUGAGUUUCGCUCUUUGCUACACUCGCAGUUAGCGACGGUCUUCUUUGAUGAGGUCGUGAAGCAAAUGGUUGUUGCCUUCGAGGGCCGAGCUUGCAUCAAGUACGGCCCAGAGACUAAAAUACCCAGAGAACUCAUGUUCCAUGAGGUGAACCAAACGUGAGCCUCCAUGUGCUUGUACAUAUAUGGGAAAUUCACACGUUUUCCCCACUUUCAACCCAUUGCAUUUUGUGGACGACCAUUAGAUAGAUGACUGUUGAAGUAGGGAAUGGAUUUCCAGCUUGACUGCUUGAACAACACAGCCACCACUUGCAUGUGAGAAGAGCAUCAUAUCAGACUGGGACCGUCCUCCGUAUGUACUGGAUUCUUAGGCCAUUCUCCUAUUUAUUGCCAAUUUGCUGCAGAGCCUGAUUUUUUACUGAAGCAAAUUCCAAAGUUUGUCAAGUGUAAUGAAUUGUCAGGCUUUCAAGAUUAUUUUUUACCAAUCCAGUAAAUACUUCAGCUAGUUAACUGGGGACUCAUAAGAGAACUGAACAUAAUAUAUUUUGGGUGGUCAGAAUUACCAUGUCACACCCAUUUGAUUUUCAUAAGAUGUUUUAACUGGUUUGAAUCAUGUCCACACAUUAAAUCUAUGUAGAAAUAUAAACACAACAAUUUAACUGAGUGUGUGUAUAUAAGGAAAUCAAUUCAUUGAAAUAAAUUCACUAUGCCCUAAUCUAUAGAUUUCACGACUGGGAUUACAGAUAUGCAUUUGUUGGUCAGAUUGCUUAGAAAAAUUGGCCUCACAAUAGGGCUCAGGAUCUCGUCACACUAUCUCUGUGCAUUCAAAUUUCCAUCAAUAAACUGCAAUUGUGUUCCUUGUCCGUAGCUUUUGCCUGCCCAUAUCAUAACCCCACCGCCAUUGAAAGGGAGAUUUAUAUCACUUUCCUAUAACAUUCCCCUGAUUUGCCUUAAUGUUUAUUUUGGGGUAAAGAGACAUUUUACAUUUUAACGUCAUAUUAAUCUCCAGCACCACCCCAACAAAUGUGAAAACAGCAUGUUUAUGUUUUGGAAAAGUUUACAAUGACAUCCCGUGUGCAUUGUGAUUUUAACCAAUUAUGAGUAGGCAUUACCUACUAAUUGGAAACACUUAAGAGGAAGACAUCUUUUACCUCAAAACAUAAACACUCCCAUUUUCACAUAUGUUGGAGUGGUGCUGGAGAUGUUGAAAAGGGGUGAUUCUGUUGGUGGGAAUCAGGGCUCUCAAGGUCCUGCCAGCCAUUACCACCCCGUUUUUGUAUGUAUUUUAGACUUUAAAACAAAAGCCAAUAAACUAAAGUACAACUC